AUGCAGUAUGUCAACUGUGUCGCAGAUGUUCAGCAGACUCUGCUGAUCAGAGUAGAUGCUCCUGAGGAAUGGAGACCUGAUGUGAACCAGCAGGACCCAGAGCACCUCCACAUCAAGGAGGAAGGGGAGGAUCUCUGGACCAGAUUAGAGGGACAGCAGCUCGUUGUGAAGGAGGAGACUGAUGCCAGCAGGUUUUCAUUCACCACAGUUUCCCUGAAGAGUGAGGAUGAUGAAGAGAAGCCUCUGGUCUCACAGCUUCAUCAGCAUCAAAUGGAGGACAGAGAUGUUCCAACCAGCAGCUCAGCUGACCAGAUGAACGUAGAAGCUGAUGGAGAGGACUGUGGAGGAGCAGAAACCAGCAGGAACACAGAUUUAGAUCCUUAUGGAGAUGCUUCCAGCUCUUCAGAGACUGAUGUCAGUGAGGAUGAGGAAGAGGACGAGGAUGGGAACAAUCCUGACUCUCAGCUAGAAGUCUUGUCAGACUCUGGGUUAACAACUGAUGACUGUGACAAAGACUGGAAGGAGAGCAAAGCUCCUGAGUCAACUGUAAACUCUGUCAGCAAACGUUUCAGCUGCUCUGAGUGUGGUAAACAAUUUCUGCACAACCAGUCACUUCAGACACACAUGACAUGUCAUUCAACAGCAAAACUUUCAAGCUGUUUGGGUCAGAAGAAAAGUGUCAGAGAGAAGAAAAGUGUGGAGUCACACAGUAAAGGCCAGACAGGACUGAAAUCAUUUAGUUGUGAUGAAUGUGAUAAAAGAUUUCACAGAAAAGCACAUUUAACAGCACACAUGAGUGUGCACACCGGACAGAAAUUAUUUAGUUGUGAUGAGUGUGGUAAAAGUUUUAGAUUUAGACAUAAGUCAAGUGUAAACAGACACAUAAUUGUCCACACAGGACAUAAACCGUAUGAAUGUGAGAUUUGUGGAAAAAGAUUUAGACAAAAAUCAAUUUUAAACAUACAUAUGACUGUCCACACAGGACAUAAACCAUAUGAAUGUGAGGUUUGUGGACGAAGAUUUUGUAGAAAGUCGUAUUUGAACUUGCACAUGAGAGGUCACACAGGACAGAAACCAUUUGAAUGUGAGUUUUGUGGACAUAGAUUUAGUCGGAAAUCAUGUUUAAACUCACACAUGCAUCUCCACACAGUACAGAAACCAUUUGAAUGUGAGCUUUGUGGACGUAGAUUUAGACGGAAGUCAUGUUUAAGCUCACAUAUGAAUCUCCACACAGGGCAGAAACCCUUUGAAUGUGAACUUUGUGGAAAAAGACUUAGUCGGAAGUCCUAUUUAAACUUACAUAUGAAUCUCCACACAGGCCAAAAACCCUUUGAAUGUGAGCUUUGUGGACAUAGAUUUAGUCUCAAGUCAUGUUUAAACACACACAUGAAUCUCCACACUGGACAGAAACUCUUUGAAUGUGAGCUUUGUGGACAUAGAUUUAGCCAGAAAUCCCAAUUAAAAACACACAUGAGAGUCCACACAGGACACAAACCAUUUGAGUGUGAGCUUUGUGGACAAAGUUUUAGUCAGAAAUCAAGUUUAAACACACACAUGAAUCUCCACACAGGACAGACACCCUUUGAAUGUGAGCUUUGUGCACAAAGAUUUCGUCAGAAGUCAGCCUUAAGCAAGCACAUGAAAGUCCACACGGGACAGAAACCCUUUGAAUGUGGUGAUUGUGGACAAAGAUUUAGUGAGAAGUCAAAUUUAAACUCACACAUGAGAGUUCACACGGGACAGAAACCGUUUGAAUGUGAUGAUUGUGGGCAAAGGUUUAGCCACAAGGCUAAUUUAAAUAGACACUCAAAAAUCCACAGGAAACAAAGCUCCUCUGCAGUGACUGAGGUCACUAAUUUAGACUUCAGUCUGCUCGAAAACGCAUAA